AUGUUUAUUGCGCUUAUCCUUACAACGCCUAGCUACGGCCUCGUCCGCGGCGGCUUCGCCGGCAGGGCCGACAAGGUGGAGAUGAAGACGUGGAAGUCCACCGAGCACAACAUGGGCAUGGCCUUCGGCAGAGACACCUACCAGCAGCUCAUCGAGUGCACGGACGCCUUCUGCACUUACGAUGACUAUAACUGGGACUGGACUCUGCAGCAUUUGACUGUCUCCUGUCUUCCAAAGUUCUGGAAAGUGCUGGUUCCCGAAAUCCCCAGGAUUUUUCAUACUGGGGACUGUGGCAUGCACCACAAGAAAUCCUGCAGGCCGUCCACCCAGAGUGCCAAAAUCGACUCGCUCUUGAACAGCAACCAACAGUACCUGUUUCCCGAAACGAUGAGUGUCAGUAAAAGGUACUCCAUGGCACCCCUUUCCCCUCAUGUCAAAAACGGAGGGUGGGGCGAUAUUAGGGACCACGAACUCUGUAAAAGUUAUCGCAGACUUCAGUGAGGAGCGUUCUGGCAGCCUUUUUCUUUUUGAAUUGUUCCAUACCGUCUUUUACAGACGGUCACAUGUAUAAAAGCAUUUAUGAGUUGGUUUCUGCUUUAAUAUGAAUAAACAUUCUUGUAAAAGGUGUCCCAAAAUAGUAAUCUUUCAU